UAGAUGUACAUGAAGUAGUAGUUGAUGAGCCAAAAAGGCAAAAACAUGUUCACUCAAUCCCUAUUCCAAAUUUGUACUACCUCGGUUCUUCUUUAAGAGCUUGGCAACAACAAAAACAUGAAGCUUCAGGGAAAGUGAAGAACUGACCCUAGUUUUUCUCAUGAAGAGUAGUAAUAAUAGCUCUAGUUCCUCCAUGAAACUGGGCUCAUUUCUAAGCCCAGAUAUGCAAAAUCAUAGUGAAAGAAGCAUUGGGAGCCAAAAGGGAUGGAAUUCAGAGAGAGUAGUGUUGAAUCAAACAAGCAGAAUCAGAAGGCAUUCUGGUUUGACAUCAUUCAACAGUGGAAGAAGAACAAUGCCUUCUAAAUGGGAUGAUGCUGAGAGAUGGAUUUGUAGCCCAGUUUCAGGAUAUGGCAGCAGCAGCAACAACAACAACAACAACAACAGAAAUUCAUAUUCACAAUCACAACUUCAAAGGCGUCCAAAAUCAAAGAGUGGUCCAAUUAUGCCUCCAGGAACAUCAUCAUCAUCCUACUACUCGAACUAUUCACCUACAAUUCCACUGCGCCAAGGCUUGCUUGUGAGGAACUUGAUGGUUGGUUCACCUUUCACAACAGGAGUCUUGGCACCAGAUGCUCUCUCUCUUCAUCAUUUUGAUGCACAUGACAAUGAUUUUGGUCCCCGUUUCGACAUCGGCAAUGUUAUGCAACAAUAUUCUGCUGGUUCUGUGCUCAAUGACAAUAAUGGUGUUCUGGCUCCGAUGUGGAAUCAAUUGUUAUGUGACCCAUCUUCGCCUAAUUCUCAAGAUGAGAACCCUAAGAAUGAGGAGACCCCCACAAUGUCACCUUUCUCAAGACGUGAUCAGGGUACCCAGAUGAGCCCUCCGGAGAGCGAGGACGAUGCGAAUUCAUCGCCGAUAUCAGCCAUGGAUCAGAAACAUGGAAAUUCUGGUAAGUUAGAGGUUAGAGAUGUUGAGGUUGAUAGUGAGGCCACUGUUAUUAGGUGGCCUAAAGGUCAUGCAACAAAGCUCAACUCCUUUCAAGAAAGUAAUACUGAAAUCCAAACUUCAUGUUUGGAUAUUCCAGAGUCCACCAUGGACAUAACCAAGAUUCAGAAAGAGGAAGCCAAAAUCGUUGCAUGGGAAAGCCAGCAGAAGGCAAAGGCUGAAGCAGCAAUACGCAAACUCGAGAUGAAACUGGAAAAUAAGAGAUCAUCAUCAAUGGAUAAGAUUCUAAACAAGCUGAGAAGGGCGCAGAUGAAAGCUGAAAAGAUGAGAAGCUCAAAGGCAAUGCCUCAAAAACAAGAACAAGGACAACAGGGGAAGCAGAAUUCCAAGCCUCUCAAGGUUUUUUCAUUACCAAAAUAUGUUCAGUUAUGGUCUCCAAGCAGAUGCUUUAGCACUUAUGAUGACUGAUUCACCCCAUAUAUGCAUAUCAAAAAUACUAGGGACACCAAAAAUCAAUCACCAAAUCAGUGAUUAUGUAUAGAUGCAUUAUUUAACUUAUUUUCAAAGUUUAUUUUAUAUUGCAAUCAGUGGCGAAACCAGAAUUUUAAUAUUAGAGGGGAAAUUCUUAUAACUAUUCU